AGGCGACGUUGCUAUAAGAUCGCGAUCAGGCGGCCACGUUUCUCUUUGUCACGGGCCUGAGUUCGUAGGCGCAGCGGGCCUAGCGAGGUCAAUAUGCCGGUCGCCAGAAGCUGGGUUUGUCGCAAAACCUAUGUGACCCCACGGAGACCCUUCGAGAAAUCACGUCUCGAUCAGGAGCUAAAGUUGAUUGGAGAGUAUGGACUCCGGAACAAACGUGAGGUGUGGAGGGUCAAAUUUACCCUGGCCAAGAUCCGUAAGGCUGCCCGGGAGCUGUUGACACUGGACGAGAAAGAUCCUCGGCGUCUGUUUGAAGGCAACGCUCUACUGAGGCGGCUUGUUCGCAUUGGGGUGCUGGAUGAGGGCAAGAUGAAGCUGGAUUACAUCCUGGGCCUGAAGAUUGAGGAUUUCUUGGAGAGACGGCUGCAGACCCAGGUCUUUAAGCUGGGCCUGGCCAAAUCUAUUCACCACGCCCGUGUGCUCAUCCGCCAACGUCACAUCAGGGUCCGCAAGCAGGUGGUGAACAUCCCAUCCUUCAUUGUUCGUCUGGACUCCCAGAAGCACAUUGACUUCUCCCUCCGUUCUCCUUAUGGUGGUGGCCGUCCAGGCCGAGUGAAGAGGAAGAAUGCCAAGAAGGGCCAGGGCGGCGCUGGAGCUGGUGAUGAUGAGGAAGAGGAUUAAAUUAACACCCUGCUGCACUGGGGGGUUGUCAAGUUUUCCAGUUGACAAUAAAACCGAAUGGAUACUUGGUUUA